AGUGUCAAAAUGUUUUCGAGUCUAGAAAGAGAUGAUGCUUGUAUUUUCAUGACCGCACAAGUUUCUUUCGUGUUGUACUCGUAUUGGCACUUGUUGCAGUUGAUCUAGUCUUCCUUUUCUUCACCAGUUGUUUUUACCACCGGAUUGGUGGUCCACUGAAAUGAGUCAAAAACGUGAUGGUCUUCGAGUUUCUGACGCUCAAAUGAGAGCGGAAAUUCAUCAAAAGCUUGUCGAGUCUGGAGAAUUAGAAAGAUUGCAGGCUUUGGUCAGUAGCCGUCUGGAGAGUAGUGGGUGGCGUGAGCAGCUCAAGGCUCAUUGUAAAGAUGUUGUGCAGCGCAAGGGUGUUCAGAACCUCACUGUGGAAAGCUUAGCUCAAGAAAUAAUGCCCAGGGCUAAAGAUCUUGUUCCGCCGGAAAUCAAGCAGGAAGUCCUGAGUAAAAUCCAUGAUCACUUAGCUGCAAGUUCAUGACGACAUGAUAAGAUCAUGCCAUAAAGGCAUAAACUGUCUGUACAAUUGUACCUACAUGUAGUCAUGUACGAUAGCAUCUUGUCUAGUUUGAGUGAGGUGAGCAUGAUGAAUAGCAAGUGGUAGUCCAAUGCUGAUUACUCAUCGCCACCAUUCUGCAAAGAAUUAUAUUGAGAUUACUCUUGAGAGUGUAUAUAUUAAUUUUGUUCUCGUUACUCCGAAGUAGGACUAUCCAUAGCGGUAUGUGACCUAACCCCAUGACAUAAUCAUGUUACAACCCGCAUUCCUUUUCUCAUGAUCAUCAUACAGCUGUGUAUUGUAUGGUGACAUGCACAGUGUGCCUUGGCUUUUGCUGUACAUGUCAUGUAUCUUCUGCUGGGCAGAAUCUCUAUUGUGUGUGUGUGUGUGUGUGUGUGUGUGUGUGUGUGUGUAUUUUAGUAAAUGUACCUUAAUGUUGUGCUGCAGCUAACUCUAGGCUAGUCUAGCUUGUCUCCGGUCCAGAUACCUGUAUGGUUUUUUGCACCGCCAAUAAACUAUUCUCAGGUUUGAGCAAGUACUGGUGCUAGUGGUGGUGCUAGUGGUGGUGAUGCUGGUGGUGGUGGUGUAGGUGCAGCUGUAGGUGGUAUACCAGUGCAGUCGUCCCUCUCUACUCCGGCAUUUGUUAAUCCGGAACCCUUGCAAACCAGCACACUUUCUGACAAAACGACUUUUCCAGUUCCUUUUCUAUGCUUUUUUAAUCCAGCACUUGAAUUCCGGCUUCAGCAGCAAUUUUCUGCAACAAAUCGCUCAAAUUGUACACAAUUCGAUUUUAUAACCCAGCAAUUGUACAUCGCA